AUAUUCAUGAAGUUAGAUUAAUUAAUAUUUGUUAAUAUAUUUUUUUCGAGAAUUUCGAAUAAUAAUUCUAAACAGUGAUAGAAGAGGUUAAAGAAACUUCGAUGUUAAAAUAAUUGGUAAGAUGGCGCCGCAGAAAUACCCAGUAUGCCCCGCGCGAUUGAUUUGCGCAUGUCAGUUGUUCGCAUUGCAAAUGGCGGCUCCUUGUUAUUGUUCAUGGCGUUUUAUGACUUGUCCCUUUAUAUUACCGAUUAUGUCGAGUUUUUUUGCGAUCUUCACCGCGCGCACUGUGCAGAAAGUGGAAUAAGAUACGCGCGGUGUAUUUUAGGUUAAGCUAAGUGCUUUUGUGGUGUGUCUCCGUGCGAUUUGGACGCGAGAAAUCCCACACGAAAUUGGAAAGAAAUGGGACAAGUGCAUUAGUGCUGGAGUGGUUUGGCGUUGUCGGUUUACAACCGACGGAGAGACAUCUCAUCACAUAUAUAUUGUCUUAAUACCCUGAGGUGUCUUCAGGCUCCCUGGGUAGUUAUGUGAUUUAUGAUUGUCAUGGCGGCAGACAGUGAUGGUGAUCUGAUUGAGACGGUGGUAACUUGUGAGGGUGACCUUGGUGACCCAGAAUUUCCACGUAAAUUUAAAACCAUUGUUGACCGUCUUAAAUCUCUGCUAUGUAAAGAGAAAGGAGAUGGUCUCAAAGUUAACAAAGUAGAACCAUGGAAUUCUGUAAGGGUCACAUUUUCCAUACCAAGAGAAGCUGCAUUGAGAUUGCGAGAAUUAGCAGCACAAGGAUCUCCAACACUUACUCAACUUGGCAUUCUUUCUGUACAGGUUGAAGGAGACCAGGUUAUAUCUUUAAGGAUAGCAAGUCGAUUUGGAGGUGAGGCACAAGAAAUUGUCUUACGUUCAGGAUCUUCGCAAGAUGCUGGAAAUAAAUCUCAAAGUGAAUCUACAAAUAGUUCAAUCACCAUUGACAGUGAUCCUACAACAGCUUUACCUGGUCCAAGUAAUACAUCAACAAUAUCUUCUGCAUUGCGAAAUGUUGCUCAAAUAAUAGCAGCUGGUACAUCGUCAGAGAAAGCUCCUCAAUUCCGUUCUCCAAAUGUUGUGGCACCAACAGACUGUGAUCCUAUCCCACCUUUUCUUGCAAAACCUGUGCCGUCAACGGCUGGUAGUAAUGGUGUUGGUACUUCUGGCAACCAAUCAGUCACUAAUUCUAAUGCUUCACCCAGAAAUAAUUAUAAUGGUCCAUUCCCGUUUGCUAGCAUGACCCAUGCUGCUCAAGCAAUACAUAGUCGAGAAUCACAAGCUACAACAAUAAAAAAUACAAUUCAGUUUAAACAGCAUACACAGCCACCACCGCCUUAUCCGAUACAAGAUAAUUUGGCAACAGUAACAGCUUUAUCCAGUGGUCAUACAACUACACAAACUGUAGUUACAGUUGGGCAAUUAACAACUCAGUAUAAAUCUCCAAUUACCACGACUUCUAGUCUGUCACCAAACAAUGGUAACCAUUUAACAGGAAAUUCCAAUGGUAGUGGUAAUCAAGUUGCUUUAUCAAGUCCAUUACUUGUGAAUCUUCUGCAAAAUGAUGCUACCUCACAUUCAAAUAAUGUGAUACCUGGUCAAAAAAUGUUGCCACCAGCUGUUGUUGAUAGCUCAGGAUUGGCAAAUCGUAUGAGACCUACGAAAAAGCCAACUGUUAGAAGAAAAGAGCUAACGUCGCCUAGUGAAUCGCCACCAAAUUUGGAUUCAUUAAGGACGGAAGAUCUGAUAGGAGGAUCAGCUAUUAUUCCAGAUAUAUCUCAAAGUUCACCAUCUUCAGCAUUUGUUGCAGUUAAUGCAAAUCAACCAUCAUCAAUUCCUCAACAACAUACAGUUAAUGUAAUUGGUGGUAGUAAUCAGAAUAUAAUGACACCACAAACGGUCCACCAAGUGCCAGUUGUUGGACAGAUACAGCAACAGACACCACCAAUACAUACUCCAGUACAAAUACAGCAAAAGUUUCCUAUCAGACAAGAAUUGACUUAUAGGCCUUCACAAAUGCAAAUACAAAGUCAACUUCCUGCUAGGCAUUCAGUGAAUGGACAAGUUAGAACACCUUUACAACAGCGGCAAUUAUUGCUUCAACAACAACAACAACAGCAGCAACUUUUAGCUCAACAGCAACAGCAGCAACAAUUAGGCCAACAAAACAUGACUACAUCACAAUUAAUAACUCAGCAAGGACCUACAACGCAGCAGGCAUUGUUGCAACAGCAAAACACUAAUGCUCCAUUGCAAUCAACAUCUUUACCAAGUCAACCAGUUAUACAACAACAACAAGUUUUACAACAUCCAACAGUAGCAUUGAAUGUAUCACAACAAAGGCUAAGUUACUUAAGUAAUCAACGUCAACAAACACCUCCACCAUAUCCACGACAACCAGUACCACAACAACCUCAUUUACCACAACAAAGUCAGACGUUGAAUGUACAACAGCAGUUACAUCACAAUCAAUUGAAAAAUAUGAAUGUCAAUACAAGUGCAACAACAGACUUUCGUUAUGGGCAAAGUCAAAAUAUUCUCAGUAGAAAUUAUCAGCCAUCUAUUAGCACUUCUAAUGGACCUACAUGGAGCACACAAAGUAGUUCCAUUCCACAGGGUGCUCAAGUUAAUACUACAAGGCUCACAGUCUCAAAUCAGGUUCCAGGUGCCUUUUCUCAGUGUGGCUCUCAUAUGAAUCAUACUCCUACGACUACUGCGACUGCUGCCAUUAAUAAAGUGGAAACAUCAGAGUCCCCAAAACCUGAAGAAGAGACACCAGAGCCAGAGUAUACAUCAACUGGAAAAAUCCGCCAAUUUCUCAUAAAUCCUCUUACUGGUCAUUUAGAACCAAUGCCUAGCGAAAGCUCUGAUUCAGAACCAGAAAGUGCAGUUGAUAAUCAGGAUGAUUUCUUUUCUUUUCCAUCUCCUUCAAAUGAUAGAUCAAAUUCUAUCUUUUCUGAUGAUGAUGCUGAUAGUAAUUUUUCAAGAAGAAACGAUACUACGACCAAUACCGAUCAAUCAGAUUCUGAGACAACGGUCAAAUCUACAGCCAGUGAAGGAAGUUUAAAGCAUAGUAGGAUAAAACCUACAAGAGAAUCUGCACACAGUCCAAUGCCCGGAGAAAAGAUUAAACUCCGAUUAAAAUUAGAAAAAUCAGAACCAGUUACCCAAGCAUAUAAAGUUGAUGUAUCAUUUGUAAACACACCACCUGUUAGGAAAGUUGAUAAGUCGGUAAACAAAAUGUUUACUACAGGUAUCUCUAGCUCAGGGACUGGUGACGAACCACGAGUGCCUCCCUUACACAUUUCUUUAAGAGGACGUAAUGCUUCUGUAGUACAAAUCAGGAAAAAAGAAAAAAAGUCUCUGAAAGAUGGGGAAACUGAUGUAGCUAAUGUAAAAAGAAAAGGAAAAUUGAAAAAAAUGAAAGAAUGUAUAGAUGGGAACAAAUUGCUGCAAAAAAAAUCAUCGCUGAACAUGAUUAUAGGUACUUCGUCUGCUUCUAAACUACCCCUAUCCAACUCUGCGAUGAUCAAUAGCGCCAGUACCAUUAGCAAAAUGAAUAAUAUUCUUCAAACUGUUGUUGCAAAACCUAAUGCCUUUAAACAAGAAGUGUCAGUAGAUUCCAUGAGGCUACAAGGUGGGCUCAUUAAGCCAAGUUCAAGUAAAAAUAAUGAUGUGGAUGAUAUACCACUGAACAGUAGAAUUCCAUCUCCAUCUAAACAUAAAUCUACUAUUUUAAAUCAACCUUUGAAUACACCACAACAAAAUAUAACCAAGAAUCAAAUGGAAGUUGAUGUACAAAAUCAUACACAUGAACAAAAAAUAGGGGGAGGUAAAACCAAAAGAAGAGAUUCCAAGAAGAAGUCAGAAUCUGGAGAUGGUAUGCACAGAGAACAAAAUUUAUUGUCAGGUGGUAGAAUUUUAGAUAAUCAAGCCAAGUGGAGAAAAUUGGGUUAUAAAGGUGAUUCUCAUCAAGCGAUACGAAAGUCAGAUACACUUUUAACAGGAAACGAUUUCACAACUGUUAAAAAAGUUGGCGAAAUCAGGAGAACCAGUGACAGUGACAUAAAUAGAUCAGCUGUAGAAAAGAACAAUGCUUUAAAUGCGGUCACCUCAAGAUUAACAGAAAUAAAUGGUGUAAAAAGUGAUUUAAUUAAUCAAGAGAAAAGAAGACGUUUAAGUUUAAUGGAUGAAAAGGAUUUGCAUUUAGGAGAAUGUCAUAACACAGAGGCUACCAAUCAGAGCAGUCAAAAAGUUGUUUCUGAGUCUUCUUCACCAAAUGUUGUUUCAAAUGCAAAAAAUGUUACCAAUGUACCUUAUGAGAGUGAAACACAAAAUUUAAAAACAAAAAAUGCAAUAAUGCAAAAUGAUUCUAAUGCAUCAAACAAUUCCGAAGUUAAAGUGUCUGUGCUUACGGAUAUGGCAACUAAAUGUCCUCAGCAAACCAUUAACAGAAUUACAACUGUCAAAAGUAAACCAGAUAUUGACAAUUGCAAAGUGAAUGCAAAUACAUUAACUAAAAAUCAAAGUCUUGGACAGAAAUUAAAAAAUCACAUGAAUACUAAAAAUGACACAAAUGCUACUAUUAAUAGGCACAAGGUAGAACAUUUUAAUAAUAAAAAGAUAACUCAGAAUCACAUAAUAAAACAAGCUGACAGAACUGUGAUUGAAAAUAAGUUGGAUAAUUCACAGAGGAUAAGUUUAUUAAAAACAUCACAAAGUUCAAUAAUCAGCAACACAGUGGACCAAGUUCCCAGACCCCAAAGUAAUGAUUUAACAACUGGCAAGCCAACUUUACCUAUUGGGGAAAUCAAUGUAACAGAAGCUAAAGUGAAGCAGAAGUUACUUGAGAAUACAACAGUUCCUAUUGGAAUUGGUGUUGAUGCAAGCGUAGAAAGAGUUGGUAGUGGAGGAGGUGGGGAGGAUUCGGGGAUAGAAUCUAUGGAUGCUCUUUCAGAAAAGUCACCAAAUCAGGGGGAAUCACCUUUACAUAGGCCAGUGACUGAAACAGUGACACAAAGCAGCACUAAAAGUGUUAUUCAAGGGGAACCAUCCCUGCCAACCACCAAUAAGAACGUGCCUUCCUCAACUAAUAGUAGUGAUAUGUGUUCAAAUACCCAUACGGAACUUCUUAAGUCCAAUGCCCCACAAAGAUUAAGCCCUGUGUCUGUUGCAAGUUAUCUUGAAAAUCAUCUUAAUUGCAAUGUACCACAUUCUAGUGAACAAGAUACGAAGAAUAUACCUAGUGAAAAGACAGUAACAAUAACAACAACUUCAAGAACUAGUGGUCAUAAUAGUGACUUGGUUACUAGUUUAGAGAUAACUGAAAAUGAAAAAAGUGUUUCCAAUCCACUAGUGACAGGAUCAGUGACUGUCGUGACUGGCACUAUAAGUAGUGGCAUGGAUAGUGAUAAUUUAUUACAAUGUGCGCAUCAACAAAUAAGCAACUUCUCUGAAACAGACAAUUGUAGCAUUAAAUUAGAAGGUACUAUUAACCAAAAUGAGCAGGGUACGACAAACUCUAAGCACGAAGUGUUAAGGGAUACAGAAGAUAAACUUGAAGACAGUGUAAAAACAAUAACAGAGAGUGACAGUGCAAUUAGAUUAAGUGAAGAACCUCAAGGACAGAAUAAUAAUGGUGUGCCUCUAAUUCAAAAUCAUGUUACAUAUAGUAAAGUUAAAACAGAAAAGCUUGAUAAUACAGUUACAAACAAAGCUACCACAGUGGUGGAUAAUACAUGUCCAAAUAAUCAGAGUCACAGUCCAGAAAUCAAAGCAGAGCCUGUAAUCAAUGUUAAAGUGGAUGACACAAGGCAGGUUGAUCAGUCAGAUAAUUCUAAAAAUAAUGUAUCAUUGAACACAGGCUCCGUUCAAGUAGAAUCUUGUACUGAUCAAAACCAAAAAUCUAAUGUACAAACUCCUCAACAAAUCUCAGUCAGGGAACCUUCAAUGAAUCUUCAAAAAGUUACAGACGAUUUGGUUAAGAAAAUUGUUAAUGAUGCCAGUGAAGUAAAUAUAGGUAUCCAGUCACCUCUUGGUGAGGAUCCACAGCCAAUUAGAAUUACACCACCAUUAUAUACAUAUUCUAAUCCAGUUGUUUUGCAAAGAGAUGAGACUCCAAGCCCAGCAGCACAAAAUCUUGAAGUAGAUUCCAGUGAUGUAGAGCAUGUAAAACGGAAACGCAGAAGAAAACAGGAAUUAGAAGGUCGACAGGAUGUCAUAUGUAUCGAAGACAAUGAUGAAGCACAUUUUGUGGAAAGAUUAAAUUCUAAUAACUCAGACGAUUAUAUUAAAAGACCACCUAAAUCUUUGCUAGAACAACUUUUAAUAGAAAUUCCAAGUGAAAGUAAUGAAAAAAGAUCACUGAGAACUAGAUCACAAAAACUUAACAGUCCAGAUAUUGCCAAAACUCCAAAAAGCAGCCCACAUGGUCCUAAUAAGCUGGAGGAAAGACGUAGUAUAUCACCAUAUGCAAAAGCUAGUCCAAAGUUAGGAUCAUCUAAAUUGUCACCAAAUACAACAACUAUGAAAGUAGGGAAAAGAAAACGACAAGAAAGUGAAAGUUCUGUAGCAUCAAGUACGGCCGAUGAUCCACAACCACGACCAGGAAAACGAAAAUGUUCCGAAAAUGCUGCAGAACUCAUCAAAGCUUGUAUGGGCGUAGAAGAAACUGGACCUAUUAAGAAACAAAUACCUGGCAAAGAAGAACAGCCCAAAAAGGGAUUCAACAUAUUGGCUAAAGCUAAAAAAGGUCCCAUUGUGGUAGAAGUAGAUUCUUCUGACGAUGAACCAUUGAUUGAAUCUGUAGGAAAAGCAAGAAUGAGAUUGUCAGAUGAAACAACCGCUGCUUCUCCAAAGCCUAAAGAUCAAAAAACAAAUUCAACUACAACUGUUUCUGGCAGUCCAAUUAAUUCUAGUAAUAUAUCAAAUUUCAAUGCCAGUAAUAGAGUGCAAAGAGAAGGCCGUUUAUUAACAACCAAACAAGCAAGUACACCGACAGCUGUGAAUGCUGGAAAAGAAAGGCUACGUGGUACUUCAGUAUCAAGUAAUGAAUCAGUAGGAGAAGUAACAACAAGACGAUCUGUUCGACAGAAUACAGCUUCACCAUUAGCAACACCGGCAAGCAAUACAAGGGGUGCAUCUAGAUCUACAGAAGACGUAAAUAGAAGAAAAACUCGAAGUGGAGCUGCGGGAACAUUGUUUUAGUAACGACUGAGGCAGCAGAACAGGCGAAACGGAGGCGAAUAUCCCGAGAAAACAAAUGACCCUCGGGAAGUGACCUUGACAGUGAUUAGCUACCGUCGCUUGUCAAGGCCUAUCCGUCUGAUUAUCAAUCCAUUAUAAACGAUUACUUGAUCGCCGUGUGGCUGGACCCCACCUGGUGAAUGUGUAUGUGUCGAUAGCGCACAAACAUUGUAUAUGUCUGGGGGUUUUAUAGCAAUCGGAACGCUGGAUGGUGUAAAAAAGAAAUAAAUUUAUGUUAUAUCAUAAGAAGUUGAAUGAUCUAUUUUAAAAUAUACAAAAAAUAUGAACGAAAAAUAUAAACUUUGAAGCUUCGUUUAAAUAUUUUUUGUAUAUUCUGUAUAAAAUUUUCAAGUUUUCUUUAAUAAUGUACUAUAAAAAAAGAUUUGUAUUCCAUCUGAACGAUCGUCAUUGGAUGUUACUUUUUUAAAUAUCUAAGAAUCUUAAUUCUAAAGGAAGAUCAAUAUGAAAAAAAAAGAUGAGAAUGAUGUAUUUUUCACUGUCCAGCAUUCUUUCUUGCAAUCUACUCCUCUAAACAACAAAGUUUAGUUACUCAGAAUCUAUUCAGCAUCUUAUGUUUUGAUCUAAGUAACUAAACUGGAUUUAAAACUGCCGAGUCAUUAUGUAACUUUCUUUUACCAAUUACAAGUUAUUAUUAUUCAUUUAUAGAACGAGGUCGCAUUAUUAUAUAUGUGCAAUUCGGUCAAGUUCGAUUUUUAUGUUUGAGGUCAAUAUUUACAGCUCUGUGUGUGUGCGCGCGCGGGCGUGCGUGUGUAUUAUUUAUAUAUAUUUUAUUUAUAUAUAUGUAUAUAAAUAUAUAUAUAUACACACACACACGUUUAUGCGCGCGCACAUGCCUCCCCACACACACACACACACACUAUACACAUAGCAGACAAACAGCAUAGGGAGAGAAAGGGAGAGAGAGAGAGAUAGGCGCGCGCGCGUGCGUAUAUCAUCGUCUAUGCAUAUGUAUAUAUAUAGCGCGCGCGUGCACACACACACAUACAUAUACACACUUUCUUUCAUGAAUAUACCCAACAGAAAAUUAUGCAAGAAUUCUUUUUACACAGAUGAAGGCAUAACUUUCUGCUCUUUAUUCUUAAUAUUUUUUCUUUCUUUCUUUUUUCUUUCGUAUCAUUUUUAUUUCUUAUUCAUGGGAAUUAAAUAAUGGUAAAAGAAAGAUAAAAUUUUAUAGGUCAAACAUGAAAAUCUCUGAUUCUACUGCCGUAAUUUAAUACAUUAUUUCUGCAGAUAUAAAUUUUAUUAAACGAUGGGCUUGGGUCGCUACUAUGACAACUACUUCACUGAUAGAUUUUGUUUAAAAAAUGUUAAAUAUUUGUAGUUGUUUAUUUAUUCUAUUUUAAUUCUUCUUGUUUCCAUAGAAUUUCUCAUUCUAUAUAUAUUCUGUGUUAAUGCAUAAAAAAUAAUGUUCACUAUACUCAUUCUUGAUAUUUCAUGAGUAUAAUAAAUUAUAUUUAAAGGUGCAGUGUAUCGAACACAUUAUUUUCAUUUACUCUUAUUUGUAUAAAAAUCUUAUAAUUGAUUUUGAAGUACCUCUGAGAUAAAACGACAUACUUUGUACCUUCUGAAAAUUAACACUUUAUCAAAAUGUUUAAAUAUAGAUGUAUGAUAUUUGAUUUUAAAAGAUUUUGUUUAGAACUUAAGUUUAUAUCUAUAUUAUAUUUCUAAAUAUACAUAGUACUACACAAUUUCCAUUUUUUAAAUUGGUAAGCACAGUCUUUCAGUGAAAUGUUCGUCAGUAGUCAUAAUAUUGCAGAAAACACAGGGGUAUAAGGCUAUUAUUAAAAAUGACUUAUUUUAUUUAUGAAAAUAUGCGGAUCGUUGGGAUAUACAUAAACCAUGCAUAAAAAUAUGAAAAUGAUAAGAUUAAGAUAUAAAAAAAAAAACAAAAAAACAAAAAAAACUAUUAAUACAAUGUUAAUUUGAUAGGUAAUAUAUGAAUGAAUAUAUUUUGUAAAUAAUUUCUUGUAAAGAUACACAAAGCACCUCUCACUCUGUAUAUAUAGGAACUGUUUAAAUUUUUAUUAAAAAUUAGUAAUAAUUAAAAAAUCGUGCAACAUCUCAUUGUCAUUUUUAUUAAUUAUUCUUCGCGCGCUAUCAUUUUAUUAAAACUUUGUUAGUAUCAUCCUUUUGCCAAUACUUAUGGUAUAUAGACAUAAGCCGUAUAUAUACAUAAUGAAAUAUGUGUAUAUGUCAUUUAUGUUACAUACAUUAUUUUCGUGAUCAGAUAAUCUAGUUUUAUAUUGUAUAAAUAUAAAUUAAUGGUUGAGAAUUUGAAUUUUAAGUAACUGGCAGUAGUCAUCACUCCACACCUCCUAAAUUUUUUUUUGAUUUUUUUCUCCAAAGAAAUUAAUAUCUUGAUUGAAUAUUAUUUUUCAUUAAUAUAUUUCAUUUGCAAUUUCUUGAUUUUUAACAAAUUAAAUAACAUUAUUUUAUUUUGCUCUUAUUCUGAAUUAUUUUUAAUUUUUUCAGCAGAAAAUUAAAAAGUUACUGCUUUAACAAUUUUAAUUAUAAUUAAAUUUAAAGGCAAAGCAGUAAAACAUUGAUAAACUUUUAUCGUUUUUCAUUACAUUUUUAUUAAUGCAUGACCUAAUAACUUAUAGUUUCUGGACAAAUAAUUUCAGGAAAUAAUAAUAUUCUGACUAUAUAAUUGUACUAUAUACAAGUAAUUAUAAGUGCAAUCUUCGAUAAAAUAAUUUGAUCCUUUAUUUGAACUGGUUUAAAGAGUUUGAUGACUACUUGGCAAUCUAUUUCAUAAAAUAAUUAUUUCAUUACUGAGAUAUUACAUAUUGAAUUUGAUCUUAUCGGAAUAAGAAAAAUUAGCAAAUUGAUCAAUCAGUGAUACACUGAAUAAUGAAAUAAAACAUUUUGCUAAUUUCUUCCUGUUCUCAACAUUAGUUUAAUUUAUUUAGUUAAAAUGCUGCAUGUUUAUUGGAAUUUAUAUUCCAACAGAUAUAUUGAAACUUAUAUUGUACAUAGUAGUAUAUGCUUAUUUUGGAUGGGAAAUGAAAAAAAAAAGAAAAUAAUAAACGUGUACAUAAAGAUAUAAAGAAGAAAAUUAAGAGAAUUACACAUUCAAUUUUGAUCCUGAUCCCAUGUAUUAUGGGAUGAUAUGUAAUAUAUAGUAAUUUAAUUAUGAUGAAAGAGAAGUAUAAGAAUUAUUGGGAAAAGAAACACACCUGUAAUUUCGAUGUAUAAUAUUCUCUUUAUAGAUAGCUAGGCUAGAUAUUAUUAUGUUACAAUUUUAUUGAAUAUUACAUUUAUAUGAUUGUAUAGAUUAUAAACGAGCUAAGCUUUCUAUGUAAAUAUAUCUUAAAGCUAAAACAGGAAUUUUUAGCCUGCUAACAUUGUUAAGGAGCUUUUUAAGUACAUCUGCCAUGUAGCUGCAUAUGUAUGCAUAUAAUAUAAGAAAGAUAAAAUAUUAAUGCGCCAAAGAUCAUAUUCUGAUUGACAUGUGUGAUAACUGUUCAUAUUCAGUACAUCUUAGAGAAUGGUAUACAUGUGAAGCUUGGUAAACAAUUGGUGCUUUAUAAUAUGAUGAACACGUUGCAGUGUUAUAUGUCAGCAUUAUUACAAUAAUUAAAUCAAUAAAAAAUGAUCACUUUUGUGCCCAUUUAUAUCUUUAAAUAUGGCAAUUACUUUAUAAGCUCCUUAACUAUGUGAGUAAUGCUGCAAAUAUAACAGUAUGUAUAAUGGAUAUGAGUUUUAAAAUCAUCAAACUAUAUUAAAAAGUUGGAUGAUUUCAAAACUUCUUGUAUGCAAAACACAUUUGUAUUUUUAGUAUUUGGUUAAAUGAUAUAAAUAGUAGUAAAAGAUAAAUGAUAAUAAUCCAAGUGGAUAUAUAAUAUAAAGAAUUAGAUCCCAUAUAUUAUAUUUGUAGAAAUGA